AAAAAAUAAAAUUUGCAUUUUUUGUUUGUUUAUUUUAAUAAUGUAGCGCGGUUGAUGUUUAAUGACUCGUGUUGGGUUUCGCUAUCUCUUCCGCGCUUUUGUUUAAUUAAACAUUAUGUGUCAUUUAUUUUAGAUCACGUUCCACAAAAACUCAAAAAAAAAAACGAUAAUGGAAAGUCCUGUGAAAAGCGAAAACAAAAAUUUAAAAAAAGUGUGCCUUGAAAGAAUCUUCUUCGCCGGGAAAAAUGUUAAAUAAGAACAAAUUUCAAAACAAUGGAAGAAAACUUUUAAUAAUAAUAAAAAUAAACAGAAAUCGUGCAGUUUCGCCGCAGUUUCACUUCAGUUAAAGCAACAAAAGAAUUUCUACAACUUUGGGAAACACAUUUGCUGAAAAUGUAUGGAUUUGUAAAUUACGCGCUCGAGCUGCUCGUUUUAAAAACGUUCGGAGUGGAAAUAUGGGAAGAAAUAAAAAAAAAAGCCGAAGUAAACAUGGAAGGACAAUUUCUCGUUAGACAGAUUUAUGACGACCAAAUUACAUAUAAUUUGGUUACAGCUGCCGUUGAGAUUUUGAACAUUCCUGCCAGUGACAUUCUCGAGCUCUUCGGCAAAAUAUUUUUCGAAUACUGCCAAGAUGCUGGCUACGAUAAAAUUAUGCAAGUGCUUGGAGCGACACCGAGAGAUUUUUUACAGAAUUUGGAUGCACUCCACGAUCAUCUGGGCACGCUGUAUCCGGGAAUGCGAGCGCCGUCGUUUCGGUGCACAGAAGGCGAAGAUGGCACAUUGAUUCUUCAUUACUAUUCAGAUCGAGAUGGAUUAGAGCACAUUGUUAUUGGAAUUGUAAAGGCAGUGGCAUCAAAACUUCACGGCGUUGACGUUGACAUCCAAAUUAUCAAACGGAAAGGUGAUCCAUUAUAUCUGCCGGAGGAAACGAGAAAAAAUCCCGUCAAGACAAAAUGUAGUAAUACCAAACAGCAACAACAAGAAAACAAUAAAAAUUGCUUAACAAUAGAUAGCAGCUGUAGUGAUAGUAAUAACAGUUGUUGUACGACAACGACAACGAUAACGACGACGACGACUACAGCUACAAACAAUAAUAAUAAAUUAGAAAAUGGGAACAAUAAUAAUUUGUCAGAAUGUCCGAACGAAUUUAUGUCUUCGAAUAAUAGGAAUGGAUUGGCAAGCAGUCCAAGUGAUUCAUGUACUACUACAAAUAAUAAAUUGGCAUCAUCGUCAAACAGCCAUCAUCACGAACAGCCACAACGACAACAACCGCAACGCUGUCGUCGCAAUAUCCCGCGAAAUUUGGAGGAAUUGAAUUUGUAUUUCGAGGACGACGAACGAAAAUCUGCGAAAAUCAACUUGUUGUCCAUGAACGACGAGGAGAAUGGCGUAAAAUCGCCGGAAAUUUCGGACCACGUGCAAUUUCUCAUCACGGAAGUGAACUCGAGCAAUGCCGAAAAAGGCACCCGGAUAGUUAAUAAAGACGAUGAUGUGACAGAUGACUCGGAGUUCGUAGCUAAUGAACCCCUUAUAUCACCGAAUACCUUCUGUCGCAUUUUUCCGUUUCAUUUGAUGUUCGAUCGCCGAAUGCAUGUCGUACAAGCCGGAAGGUCCGUUUCACGCAUCAUCCCGAGAAUAUCUGACGAAAAUUGUUCGCUCGUCGAGAUCCUCGAAGCCGUGAGACCGCAUCUCCAACUGACAUUCGACAACAUUCUGGCACACAUUAACACAAUUUAUGUGUUGUCGACGCGGAAGGGCGUCAGUUGUGGCAAUCACGAGCGAAAUGUGCGCCUCAAGGGACAAAUGAUGUACAUGCCAGACGCUGAUCUCAUCUUGUUCCAAUGCUACCCGAGCGUCAUGAAUUUGAAUGACUUGACAAAGAAAGGAUUGUUUAUCUCAGACGUGCCAUUACACGAUGCGACGCGUGAUUUGGUAUUGUUGUCCGAAAAAUUCGAGGCAGAAUAUAAAUUGACGCGUAAUUUGGAGAUAUUGACGGACAAACUGCAGCAAACGUUCCGCGAACUCGACAGCGAAAAGCAAAAAACCGAUAGACUUUUGUAUUCAGUUUUGCCGGAGACUGUGGCAAACGAACUGCGACAUCAACGACCUGUUGCACCCAAAAGAUACGAUUGUGUGACAUUACUGUUUUCGGGAAUUGUUGGUUUCACAAAGUACUGUGCGGCGCAUACGGAUGCCAACGGUGCUAUGAAAAUCGUCAAAAUGCUGAACGAGUUGUACACGAUUUUCGAUUCGCUCACAGACUCCAAGAGGAAUUCGAAUGUCUACAAGGUAGAGACUGUUGGUGAUAAAUAUCUUGUGGUUAGUGGAUUACCAGAAUUAUGUGAAAAUCAUGCAAAAUGUAUCGCACGCUUGGCACUGGACAUGAUAAUAAUGGCACAAAAUGUUAAAAUGGGCACAGAACCGAUCGAAAUCACAAUUGGCAUCCAUUCAGGGGAAGUUGUCACCGGAGUGAUUGGCAAUCGAAUGCCCCGUUAUUGUUUAUUCGGCAAUGCAGUAAACCUAACGAGCAGAACUGAAACAACUGGCGUUGCAGGCAAAAUUAACGUUAGUGAAGAGGCGUACAAGUUAUUGAAGGAGGAGAAGAACUACGAUCCAUCGUUUCAUUUCGACUAUCGAGGACCGGUAGUGAUGAAAGGCAAAGCAACGCCAAUGGAUGUAUGGUUUUUGUCGCGAGCGUCUCAAGCUGAGGUUGAGGACCAUUUGCUGGGAGAAGUCGUAAAACCAGAAAAUUAGAAAAAAAUUUAGAAAACUCCACAAAUCACAAAAAUAAACACAAAAUGAAUUUAAACAACAGCCUGAAGACCAAUUUCGGGUUGAAAAUAAU